AUGAGUCAAGUGAUUCCGGGGAUAGAUAAUCGAUUGUCUUUUGUGCUACAGGUGGAACAAAACCGUCGUGCUCUUUGCAAAGAAGUAGCAAGAAAGGUUUGUUUGAACGAGUGUGCGCUUACAACGACUUGUCCAGAAGUAGAACCGAGAUCUUGUAAAAUCACAUAG